UGCACACCUGGGCAGCCAUGGCCAAGCGUGACUACCUGGUGGAUGCGGCCAGGCAGAUCCGCAUGGCACUGGACCGGGAGGUCAGUGAGGACUAUGAGGCUGCCUUCAACUACUACAAGAAGGGAGUCGACCUGCUACUGAACGGAAUACAAGUGGACCCCAACAUGGAGCGUCGGGAAGCGGUGAAGAGGAAGACCACCCAGUACCUGAAGAGAGCCGAGGACAUCUUCCUCUCACACCUACAAAACAACAUGGAGAAGGAAGGCUCACAGAUGAUCGGUUCCAGCAGCCUAAGGUUCCGACCAAUCAGACGGCUGAACGCGCUAGUGGAGGAUCUGAAGAUGUACAAGGUCAUCGACAUUGGAGAUAAGGUUCUUACUGUUGAGAGUAUCAUCUGCAAGGACACAUUUGUUAUAAAGAGCCUUCCUAAGACCAGUGGAAACACCCAAUCCCGGCCCACCAUCAUCCCUCAGGAAGUUCCUUAUAUGGUCAAGCUGCUGAGGUACUACGUCAGCGAGGAUUCCAUUUACCUGCAUCUGGAACAUGUGACAGGAGGGAAGCUAUUCUCAAAGCUGCACAACCUCAGGGGGCAGGCGUCGAGGAGGGAUCGUCCCGAGAGCUUCAGCACGGGCCACCAUCACCAGAAGAGCUGCACGCUGUCGUCAUCCACUCAGAGGAGACCGCCUGGGCAGCACGUAGAGGGACUACAGAGUGCAUCAGGUCUACGCAGCACCAACACACACGCAACCAAGCACACAGAGAGGGAGCACACAGCCCCAGCCGCAGCCUCGGCCUCAGAGGGGGACCACCCAACCCCGGCCCCAGCCCCAGCCCCUGAGCGAGACCAUCGGGCCCCAGCCCCGGCCUCCUGGCACGAAGCGCAGCGUCAGAUGGAGAGCUGCCGGACUCACUCCUACUGUGAGGAGACGGGCUGCCUACAGCAGCACUCCAAACUCAUACAGGAGACGCUGAUCAAACAAGCCAGGAUGGAGGCAUCCCAGCAUGCAACAGCCGCUGCCGCGCCUCAUAGUAACAACCACAGCAACACUCAUGGGGCAUCCCAGCAGCAGCAUCCAAUAACAACUACAUCAUCUUGUAACAUUCCAUCACAGCAUGCAACAGCCACCGCAUCUGUUCAUAGCAACCACAACAACACUCAUGGAACAUUCCAGCAGCAUCCAACAACGACAUCAUCAUGUUGUGGCAGCAAAUACUACGAACUCGGAACAAAACGCAGUGCGUUGAGUAUUCGUGGCGUUGGCCAGCUGCAUACAGGUGACUUCACAGGUCAGGUGCUUCCAGGUACGCGGUGCGGAGACGCGCGAGACAGUUUGCAAAAUACGGUUGAGCGAGAGGAGACACAAGGCCAUUUGGGUUCACUCCAGAAAGAGGAACCUCAGAGAAGACACUCAAGGGAAAGUGAAAGUGAAAGUAGUCUGCGAUCACCACCACCACCACCUUCGUCAUCUGGCCUCGCUAGAGUCGACACACAGGGCCAUGGGUAUGGUACACCACCCGAGCCCAGUGUUGGGGAGCAGACCACUAUCGAGGGGCAUGGCAGUCUGCCCCUCCACCACAGUCUUCAGGACGGCUGCAGCGUCCAGACCUCCAGAGGGGGGGCCCAGCAUGGCCACUGGGGUCUCCCAGAGGAAGAGGUCCAGGCCUGGGGAGCGCAGAUCCUCAUGGCCCUGGAGAGCCUCCACCAGCAGGGCGUCAUCUGCUGCGACCUCAACCCAAACAACAUCCUGCUCUCUGAUGACGGUGCAGUGUGCCUGACGUUCUUUGGCCAAUGGGGUGAGGUGGAGCCGAGGAUCUGCACCAAGGCCAUGGAGCAAAUGUACUGCGCACCAGAGGUUGGUGGUCUAGGCCGAGUGAAUGAGGCGGCUGAUUGGUGGAGCUUGGGUGCCCUGCUGUUCGAGCUUCUAACUGGGAUGCCUCUAUGGCAGUGCCACCCUACAGGUGUGACCUCUCAUACCCAGCUCCAUGUGCCAGAGCACCUCAGCACUGCUGCCGCCUCACUGCUGACGGAGCUUCUUCAGUUAGACGCUGGGUAUCGUCUGGGUUCCGGUGGCGGUGGCGUGAGUGACAUCAAGUGCCAUCCUUUCUUCCACUCUGUGGAGUGGGCGGAUCUGGAGAGCUGAAGGGGACAAGAACGGG